CAAUGGACCGCGCAGGGAACGAUAUCCACCAGGGAGACAUCCCACGUUGAAAUCCGACUUGUCGCGACGAGCUUAUCACCGCUUGACAUGCUGGACAGCUUGGCGAGUUGGAAAGCAACAAAGAUCCGACAACGCGCUGGGUUUGUUGUGGGACGGAGCGCCUUGGCUGCGGGGGACAAUCCGGGGAUCGAGCCUCUUCGUGCCACCCCCAAGACCCGGUCCUGAGAGUCAUGGUGGGACAGACCGACAAUCUGGGGACGAGGCUCGGUCAACUUCCGUUCAGGACUAACGGAAGCAGGCCGUCGAGAUGCGAGCGGGAGACCGGAGAUGGUACCAGCGCUGGCAGGCACGGGAUAUGGCUUCCUGGGGGAAAUGAAAUGAAUGUUCGAUGAGAGCCACGCGGCGUGAGAUUUUGGGGUCAUGCGGGGGGGUUCAGCCAAGGGGGUCCCUCGCGCAGGGUCUAAUCAACACUAAUAGGGCACUAAGAAAGCAAACAUGAUGGUGGUUGGCUCAUCCUGCUGGUCGGUCAAAGCCGAUGGGUGGGGGAUACAUGACGUUGCUGGGGCACGAUCGAUCAGCUGUCUCUCAAUCCGGGGUGCAGCGCCAAUUGCCUCGGUCGCAAGGAGUUUUUGGUAA